AUAGCCUUUGUGCAUUCUUCAAAAAGACAUGGCUUGCUGUGAAAAGCGCCAACCAGUGUCAACAUCGAGGCGACAAAGUGGCUCCUCUUCAGCCUGAGUCCUACACAGAUUCAGCUGAUCCAUCCGUCCUUGAGCCGAUGGCUCUGCAGGAACCAGCUGAUUCUCCAGAACAUCCUCAGUUUGGUUCAUCUGACCCUGAUCGAGAUCCAGAUGCUUCAAAGAAGACAGCUGUCGUAGGACCAUCUGUCCUUGUGCCAGCGGGUCUGCAGGACCCAGCUGAUCCUCUUCCAGGCCCGUCUGCUCUUGAUCCAGUAGCCCCAAAAUUUCCAGGUGCUUCCAAGCAUAGACGAAUCGGAGAUCAAACCCGUUUCAGAGCAGCCUGUUUCACCGAUCCAACUCCUGUUCCAUUUGAUGAGAUUUAUGAAGUGGGAAGAAAGAUUGGAGAAGGAGGCUUUGGCACUGUGUACGAGGGGAUUUCAAAAUUUCUACGCGAGCAGGUUGCCAUCAAAAUCGUCACUAAGAGGGACAGAGACCGCUUUAUUGUAAUUCCUGGCUGUUCAAAGCCGCUGUUUGCAGAAGUGGCUCUAAACCUGCUGCUGAAACGACCUCCAUUAAGCCCCUACAUUGUGCACAUGCUGGAAUGGUUUGAAGAGGAGGAUCGGUACAUCCUGAUCCUGGAAUAUCCACAACCCUGCAAGGACUUGCUCAAAUUCAUGCUGAACAACAUGCAGCUACUGGAUGAAUCACAGACACGUAGCCUGAUGUACCAAGCGGUGCUCGGGGCCAAGCACUGUCUUGACCGAGGCGUCUUCCACCGGGACAUUAAGUUGAAUAACUUUCUGAUCAACACAACGACGAACCAAAUCAAACUGGCUGACUUUGGCUGCGGUGACCUCGUCAAAACUUCAGGCUACUUGGGUUUUACAGGAGGAGUCUGCCCACCUGAAUUCUACAAGGACUUAAAAUACGAGGCAGGGCCAACAACCGUCUGGUCUCUGGGCUUUAUGAUGUACUCGAUGAUUUACAAACGUCAGCCCUUUAGAAGUCUAAAAGACAUGAUGCAUGGCAGUCUGAGGUUUAAGCACAAAAUAUCCACAGAAUUGCAGGAUUUGAUAUGCCGCUGCAUGACUCUUGACCCAACCGAGAGAGCAACUGUAGAGGAGAUCCUACAGCAUGAAUGGUUUCAGCAGGGACACAUUCCUGGUGAGUCUAUGUCCACUUUUCCAUUUGAUGAAAUUUAUGAAGUGGGAGAAGAGAUUGGAGAAGGAGGCUUUGGCACUGUGUACGAGGGGAUUUCAAAAUUUCUACACGAGCAGGUCGCCAUCAAAUUCAUCCCAAAGUGUGAAACAGACUGGUAUAUUGAAAUACCUGGCUGUUCAAAGCCGCUGUUUGCAGAAGUGGCUGUAAACCUGCUGCUGAAACGACCUCCAUUAAGCCCCUACAUUGUGCACAUGCUGGAAUGGUUUGAAGAGGAGGAUCGGUACAUCCUGAUCCUGGAAUAUCCACAACCCUGCAAGGACUUGCUCAAAUUCAUGGUUAACAAUGUGCAGCGAGUGAACGAAUCACAGACACGUAGCCUGAUGUACCAAGCGGUGCUCGGGGCCAAGCACUGUCUUGACCGAGGCGUCUUCCACCGGGACAUUAAGUUGAAUAACUUUGUGAUCAACACAACGACGAACCAAAUCAAACUGAUUGACUUUGGCUGCAGUGACCUCGUCAAAACUUCAGGCUACUUGGGUGAUUUUACAGGAGGAGUCUGCCCACCUGAAUACUACAGGGACUUAAAAUACGAGGCAGGGCCAACAACCGUCUGGUCUCUGGGCAUAAUGAUGUACACAAUGGUGUGUAGAUGUCAGCCCUUUAACAGUCUAGAAGACACGAUGCAUAGCAGUCUGAGUUUUAACGUCAGAGUGUCCACAGAAUUUCAGGAUUUGAUAAGUCGCUGCCUGACUUAUCAACCAACUGAGAGAGCAACUGUAGAGGAGAUCCUACAGCAUGAAUGGUUUCAGCAGGGACACAUAUCAGAAGGAGCUCAGGAUCAGGGAGUAACAGGUUCUUCUGAUGGUCAGGAGUGACAGAUGCAUCUGCCUCAUGUGCUGCAGUCAGUUUCUCCACUGUGCGUGUCAUGCGGGUUUGGCCAAAGGUUACAUUGGCGCUUUCCCAUCGUUGCAAGUUUUCAGAUGCUAGCCAGUCAGUUCUUCCAAGGCAGGGGAGGUGACCAGACCGCUCCACUGCAACUACAUAGUGUGUGUACUUUCAACACUAAGAGUUAAGGUUGCCAUAGCCACCAGAUCCAGUCCGUAUGCAGUCCAGAUAGUGGAUCAGCACCUAGAGAUGACCUCGACAGCUCUGAAUGUCAGCGGAGUCCAGGACAACCCCAGAGACAGAUCCCCAGUGAAGACCUCGUCACCUAGACGGCCAUCGGGACAAGACCUCAGGAACCAGACCAGUCCUCUGCACAAUCUGACUUUGCAGCAGCCUGCAAUUAAACUGCUGGUUUCGUCUGGCCAGAGAAGAACGAUUGAGUUUUGAUUCCUUCAACACACGAUUUUUCUGUUUAAUACUGUAAAUCUGCUUUGACACAAUCUGUUUUGGAAAAAGCCCUAUAUAAAUACAAAUGACUGGGCUUUACUUGACUCAGUUCAGUUGAAUUGUAACACCUGAUUCAUUUAUUCUUUCUGACAUCUACCUCAUUUUAAAGAUGUAAUUGUGAACAUGUUUAAAAUUAAUUUUGCAGUUGUAUUACAAAUGUAAUGUUUGACAACUGGAACACUUUAAUGGGAUAGUUCACCCAAAAAUAUAUUUGGGUGAUAUUUAUAAUUUGCUGAUAUUUUACUGACCCUCAGGCCAUUCAAGAUGUCAGUGACUUUUUUUCCUUCAGUAGAACAGUGAAGAUUUUUAUCUGAAAUGGUGAUCCUUGGCGAUUCAUUCACUGCACGAUUCAUACAAAUGCAGAUUGUUAUUAAA